AUGGGCAGAGUUGUGCAUGUGUACAACCAACUAGUAAGAAGAGAAAUGUUCGUUAAGGAGAAACAGCGAUUUGUGAUCGGUGAUGACUUGGUGAUCAAGCCUGCGUCAACAGUCAGCACGCUGUCGAUGUUUCAGAAGGUCGGUUCUGAUAGGAUCGGUCAUGGAUUUGAGGAGGUCGAAGUGCGGGCGGCAACGCGGGGGGUGGGGGUGGGGGUGGGGGGUUAUCUGCCUCCAAAUUGCCCCGGUUUUUCCGAGACUCAGCGUGGUCUCAUCACCAAGGCCUUCCUGUCCAAGGAAUCAGACCCGCCUCCUCAUGUUACUGAUAACCAAAUCAUUGUUGAUCCCAAGAUUCAGCAUCAGUGCGACAGAGGUCCUAAUUCUUCACCACAUUUCAACAUCAAGAUCUUCUAUAACAGACACAGAAAGAAGGUCAUGUAUGCUGAAUGCAAACAUGAUUUCGUGGACCUGCUCCUCAGCUUCUUGACUUACCCCGUGGGCUCCCUUUUCAAGAACCUGGGUGGAACCUCCCAUCUCGGAUGCAGCUUGGAUAAUCUAUACAGCAGUGCGGUUGAUCUCGAUGUGUCUAGCUUGUUGACAGGAGUUUGCUCGCCACAAAAGACGUUGCUUGACCCCUGCAUAUCCCCGUUUAAUACUGUUUUUGUGAACACUUUGGAGCGAACCAUCCCAGAAUGGUUCAACUUAGGUCGCGUCGUUCUAUGUUCCCAGUGUUCCAGAUAUGAUGAGAUCGUAAAAGGAUGUGGCUCCUGUGGCCCACAGUUUAGCAGAGAUGCCAACUAUGUUGUUGAUGAUGAUUUACUUAUCUAUCAGGCUUCAGCAAUGCUGGUGAUGAAGCAUUGGUGUAAGGUAGACAAGGAACAUGUUUUGGAGAUGGACGUUGCAAUCAGUAAACUAGAGGCUGUUGAUCUGCUAAGAGCAGCCUUGACUUCGAAGAUGGCAUUGAUGGAUGUGUUCAUCAGCAGGCUGGAGGAAGCAUGCCAAGUCCCGUGAUAGCGUUACGGUCCUGAUGCUAGAACUUCAAGUUUCAGUGGUAGUGGGACUAUAUUUACCUGUAGGAUGUCUCCAUUAAGUUUUCGUCUAAUCUGGUAUUUCUAUAUA